AUGGCGCAGCUUUUGCGGGCACCGACGAAAGAGGAUAUCGAAGAAGCAGAGUUGGAUGCUGACGUACUACCACCUGAAGAGUGUAAUGUGCUUAUUAGUGAAGCGGCUGCAGAGCAAUUACGACGAAUAUCAACACAGGAGAACAAUUCGGACGUCGCACUUCGAAUCAGCGUCGAGUCAGGCGGGUGCCACGGAUAUCAAUACAAACUGGAUCUUACCUCUGUAAACGAACGACAAUCAGAUGACUAUGUCUUCGCCCACCCUAUACUCCGACCAUCAAACAUCCUCGUCGACGCUGUCUCCCUCCCACUCCUCAAAGGCUCGACUCUCGACUUUGUCACUGAGCUCAUAGGAAGUGCGUUUCGUGUAUCGGAUAACCCUCAAGCGAAAGGUAGCGGGUGUGGAUGUGGAGUUAGCUGGGAGUUGAAGAUUUGA